AUGGAUCUGUUCAUCACUGCCCAAGAGCCCUUUGCGCAUCAUCCACUCAAGGCCAAAAGCUUCCCUUCAGCUCUGAGCAACGCAACCGGCAAAACCUCAGGUGAUGCAAGACCUCUUGUGCCUCUCUCGCCAGUUUCACAGCUCGAGUUUGAUCUCAUUGUUCAUGAUCCCUGCCAUGACAGCACUCUCACUGGCUCGUGGGACCCUCUCCCGACCCCUCUGAGCAUUCCUCUCAAUACCUCCAGGGUUCAUCUCCUCAACCUCCUACGGGAAAAGCUCCCUGUCGUCGAGGCAUCCAGCAAGAAUCGUCUCAGUCGCCAAACCUAUGGUGGCAAGAUUUACCCGCUUGGACCUAGCGACAAGGAGUGGCAUUAUCGUGAUCUCGUCACCAAGACAGAUAUCAUGGCUCGCUCUGAGCUUGAGUGGUUUCUUCUCAAGGAGAUGAUGGCUUCGUCUAGAGGUGCACUCAAGUGCUACAUCUCCGUUCGUGGUGAGCACGUCCCCGCCAAGAAGACUUCUGGCUGGUGGUUCAAAAACAGUGCCUGA